UCGGAUAAUACUCUUUCGGCUUCGGAGGAUACCUUUUCCGUUUUCGAACAUUUUCGCCAAAUAUCUGUUAGGUUUCCGACAGUUCGGAUACCCUGUACCGUAUUCUCAAAUAUCCUUUCGGUUUCCAAAGUCACCUACAAAACCUCCAAGGGUUUCGUAUUACCGUUCUAAAACCAAAAAGAGUUUCCGAAAGAGUUUUCGAAUCACAUCCAGUUUCCGAGAAAACGCUUUUUUUUUAGAAUGUACUUGUGGAUAAAAAGUUGUUUAAUGAUAAAAGCUCUCCAAGAUUAUUCUUUAGGUUUUCAAGCUCAUCUACAUUUAUGCCUUGGCCGCGAUACACAGUCACUGUUUUUUGUUCAUUAUCGAUAUUUUUUGUUGGAAAUGAUUGAACAAACUCUGAAUGUAAUUGUUUUAUUUAAUUAUGAAGAUCAGUUAAGAAGAAACACCGCGUGCACAUAAUAAAAGCCAUGCAGUCGGAUCAAUAACAGCACGAAAAACGCAUUCAGAGUUCAAGUUGACAGUCGAAGCUAGCAAGCAGAACUAGCUGCAUAUUGAUUGUCAACAUUGCUAGAAAACAAUGUCGCUGAACACCGUGUAAUGUUGCAGACAAACAUUUUUAAAAGUAUUUCAAAUCCGAAUCUGAGAUGAUGAUCAUUUUUGAUUCGAUUUACAUAAUUCUUCAGCUUUCCAAGUCGACGUUUGUUUUCAAUAAUAUUUCUGUUCGAUGCCUUUACGUAAGCGACGAAAAGCUGCGUAUUUAUUUAUGUUUCAAACAGAAUAGGUUCGAUUUCGAAUAUUUGUACCAGAUACAUCUGUAUCAGGAACUACUUGGUUUCCUUUGUGAUGUCGAUUCCCCAGAUGGCUCUUGUAAUAAAUGCAGCACCCGAAACAAACACAGCAUAGAAUUAAAAAAAAAAAAUCCGGAUAUAGCCAGAACAAUUAUGUUACUGGUUCGUGGAGAUGGGCCUGCUUUUAGUUCCAGAAUGGCGAACACAUCAGCACUCACAAUAUACAUGAUUAUCGCUAUCAAAUCCAGAAAUGCUGACAGCAGCAUCCAGCACAUACCGAAUAACUCACCUUUCACAUAUUCACGUCGUUCGGCGCAUUCCAUCAAAAAUACUCUCAGAUCCAAAUCAGGUGACAGCACUCCAUGAAAAAAUGCUGUUAGUAUUAUAAGUACUUCAAAGUAGGUUUGUCGAUAUCGGGAGUCAGGACUAAUGGAUAGCAAACCUAUUUGACCAGACAGAAAACUAGCCAUACUGGUUCCUAGAACAUAUUUAUUAAGCUUAUAAUUCCUGCGCAUUUGCUCAUCCAGUUGGUCAGGAGUUUUGUCAGGGGUUGAUUCCAAUCCAACAAAUUUAAAGUGCAACGCGUACAUUAUGACUUCAAAUACUAAACAGGCCGAUGUCACAUAGACGAAUGUGUAAACUGAUGAGUUUCCGAAGUUGUAAAGAAUCCGAUUGUAGAUAACCAAGUAACUAAUCAGUUCCCCAAUUUCCACCAAUGCCAGGAUGAUAAUAAGAAUCCGAGCAUUCUUUAUCAGGCUAUUCGCGGCGAUAGAAACUACAGAAAUCGCGAGCACAAUAUAAAAGAAGCGUUUUUCUUGUUCAUAUGUAAUGUGAGAUUGUUUCAAUGCUGCAUAAACAUAGAAUUGUUCGCCUAAAUUCGUUAGAUCAAUAAGGAAUUUUGUGGCAUCCCCAUAUAUCUUUUUGCAUUCGUGCGUCAUUCCAUCAGGUUUCUCUCCCGUACUUUUUCCUGCUGUACACUCUCAUACGCACACAACUUUUCAAUUUAACUUCUUUUGCCUGUUAUCUUAUCGUGUUAUUUCGAUAGAUUAUUUUAUAGAGGUAAAUACUCUCGUGUUGCCUAGACAUUUCUUUUCACUCUGUCAACGCAAUUAGAAGUAUACAACAUGCUGUAAUGGCCUUAGGAUCGAUUGCAUGGCUUAUUAGUUAUUUCAAUCAAUAAAGCUUAAAUUAACUAAAAUCCGUUAGCAGUAACGGGUAAUGGAAAUCCGUUACUUCUCAGGGUGAAGUAACGGUAAAAGAUUCAUUUUGUAGUUUCGACAGCGACAAAUUAACAAUUCUUACUAAUUUUUGUUUUACUAACAACUUUUAAUUAACUAUAGCUUUAUUCCUGUUGUUUUUUUACAAAAGUGCGUUUAAACGGGUUUUCCACACGCGUUUUUUCUCAAGUAAACGCGUUUUUCCACGAAAGCAUUGAAGCCCGUCUUUUUCAACGCGUUUUCACGAUCAAAAACGCGUUGGAAAAUAGGAAAAAAAGGAAAAAUCCCUACAGGUCUAAAAGUAUUUCUAAAUUCAAAACAAUGCUCACGCCUCGCUUCGGUCGGCAUUUGCAGCCAGUAUAACUGAGAAACGCUAUGAACUUCUCUGAUUCCACCAAAAAUCCAUCUAAUGUGAUAAAAAGCUACAAGGUUUCCUGGACACCCUCGGCAGAUCCCAAUGAGAUUGGAAGUAUUUCUAAUCGAUUCGCUAUAACAGAUUAUUUAUACACUGUCAGUUUUAUUAACCACAGACCACUUUUUUGUUCACAACGCGUUUUUGAUCGUGAAAACACGUUGAAAAAGACGGGCUUCAACGCUUUGGUGGAAAAACGGGUGUGGAAAACCCGUUUAAACGCGCUUUUGUAAAAAAAACAACAGGAAUGAAGCUAUAGUUAAUUAAAAGUUGUUAGUAAAACAAAAAUUAGUAAGAAUUGUUAAUUUGUCGCUGUCGAAACUACAAAAUGAAUCUUUUACCGUUACUUCACUCUGAGAAGUAACGGAUUUCCAUCACGUUCAUCUCUCGUUAAUAAACAUUAUUAUAACGAAAAUUAUACGUAUAAAAAUUGUAUUCAGUUAUGGGAAUUUGAUUUGUCUGAUAUAAAAACAUGUACAUAUCCAAAACAUUAUCGACUCGUUUGUUAUUUACCAAUAAUAAAAUUCGGUACUAUUUGAAAUUUAAAAUGGGCACCAUAUCAAAAUCAUGAACAUAAUAAAAAUGAUUUAGGAUAUUUAGCUGCUGCGUGUAGUUCUGGUCAUAUUUAUAUUCAUAAUAUUAUUGAGCAAUCGUCAGAUAAAUCAACAACAACAACAGUGUAUCCAUUUUAUAAUUCAACAAAACAAUUAAAAUUAUCUUUAAAUCAUCAUGGUUCAUUACCACAAUGUUUAUCAAUUGAUUGGAGUAAAUUGGAUCCAUCAAGAAUAAUUACAUCAUAUAGUAAUGGUUAUAUUGCAUUAUUCAAUGUUAAUAUCACCGCUUCGUGUCUCACACAAACAAAUAAAAAUGGUGAAAAAGAAAUUUGGCCUAUACGUACAAUUCAAAUAUCAUUUACACCCAUUCGAGAUGUGAAAUUUUUAAAUGAAUCCGAUAGUUUUGUUAUGACAGUUUCCGGAAUGGCAAAACGAUUUAGUUAA